GUGAGCGUUCCUUCUGACUUCCCGUUCCAAACCACGUGUGCAUGCUGUACGCAGCUGGCUUCUCGUCCAGGCGGAGGUUCUGAAGUGGCGGCAUGGCGAGCCAGGGGUACUGCCUCCGCUUCGAGGGCUGCAACUUCUUCAGGCAGCGGCUUGUUCUGUCUACCUUAAGCGGGAGGCCGGUGAAAAUCCAGAACAUCAGGGUGAAAGAUGAGAGCCCUGGAAUAAGGGACUUUGAAGCAAGUUUCAUCAGGCUGUUGGAUAAAAUAACCAAUGGGUCCAGAAUCGAGAUCAAUGAAACUGGUACUUCCUUGUAUUAUCUGCCUGGCCUUCUUUUCGGUGGAACACUAGAACACGACUGUAAUGUACAACGUUCCAUCGGCUAUUACUUAGAAAGUUUGAUCUGCCUGGCUCCAUUUAUGAAGCAUCCAUUAAAAAUUACACUUCGUGGUGUCACCAAUGAUCAGAUUGACCCUUCAGUGGACACUCUUAAGGCCACAGCCAUUCCAUUACUAAAAAGGUUUGGAAUAGAUGGUGAGAAUUUUGAGCUAAAGGUUGUGAAAAGGGGGAUGCCGCCUGGAGGAGGUGGAGAGAUAAUAUUUUCGUGUCCAAUUAGAAAAGUUCUUAAACCAGUUCAUCUGACAGAUCCUGGCAAAAUAAAGCGUAUUCGAGGUGUGGCAUAUUCUGUCCGAGUAUCUCCACAAAUUGGUAAUAGGAUUGUGGAGUCUGCAAGAAGCAUUUUGAAUAAGUUUCUCCCAGAUAUUUAUAUACACACAGACCAUCUCAAAGGGACAAGUUCUGGAAAGUCUCCUGGCUUUGGUCUAUCACUAGUAGCUGAAACGACUGAAGGCUAUCUAAUUAGUGCAGAGCUUGCAUCAAACCCACAAGGGCAGGGAGCAACUGUACUUCCAGAAGAUCUGGGCAAGAACUGUGCCAAGCUGCUUUUGGAAGAAAUCUAUCGCGGGGGAUGUGUGGACUCCGUAAAUCAGAGUUUGGUUCUUCUCCUCAUGACCCUUGGACAGCAGGAUGUUUCGAAAGUUUUGCUUGGACCUUUGUCUCCUUACACGAUUGAAUUUUUGCGACAUUUGAGGAGCUUUUUCCAGAUCAUGUUUAAAAUGGAAAGCAAGACGUUUGAAGAGCGUAAAGGAGCAGAGAAAGUGUUGAUGACCUGUGUCGGUGUUGGAUUUUCCAAUCUCAGCAAGACAAUAAAAUAGUGCAGCCAAAUUCUCUUGGGGAUCGUACUGACAGAUGAACUCGUUCCUAGAGCUAGAAUUUUGGGUUUGCUGUGCUGUAUCAUUGGGAACAGUGAAGUUGCAAACAAGACUUUAUUUUCCACUUGGACCAGUGGUACUUCAUCAAUAACUCAUCGACCUUCCAAGCUUCUACCACCAAAUAUUCACAUAGGACUCUGACAACCUAAAUGAUCUAACACAAUUUUUUUUAGAAGUGUAUUUAUAUUCCCUGGUGUUCUUUGUUUGGGAUACACCCUUGGAUAUGUAAAU